UUUCGCCCAAAUAGGAAGCAAGAAUCAUUCACGUUCCUCAGCUUGGAUGGCGCUUCAAUGGAUUUUACAUUAAGCAACGCAAAAUAACAUACAGACAGAGAUUAAACAUGAUCGGACAAAAAACUAUAACAAGCUUCUUUUCUCCUGUUGGCAAGAAAAGAACUUUUGCAGAGCAAAAUGACACUGGGGAGAAGGAAUCAAAGGGCGCUCAGAAGGAGGCUCCGGUGAAAAAGACGAAACUAGAAAGCAACAAACGGGCGCUGGUUUCCCAGUCGAGCCCCACCAGGCUGGCAGAGAUCGAAGCUCCGUAUCUGCGCCAUGCACCGGAUGGGAUCGGGGAGAGCUGGCGGAAGGGGCUGAGCGCCGAAUUUGGGAAGCCCUAUUUCACUCAGUUGAUGUCCUUCGUUUCAGAAGAAAGGAAACAGCACACGGUCUAUCCACCUAGUCACCAAGUUUUUACCUGGACACAAAUGUGUCUUAUUCAAGAUGUUAAGGUGGUGAUCCUUGGCCAAGACCCGUAUCACGGUCCUGGUCAGGCACACGGACUUUGUUUCAGUGUGCAGAAGCCGGUUCCACCUCCACCAAGUUUGGUAAAUAUGUUCAAAGAGCUGGCUGCAGACAUUGAAGGCUUCCGGCAUCCAGGACAUGGGGAUCUCACAGGAUGGGCCAGACAAGGAGUUCUGCUGCUUAAUGCCGUCCUGACGGUUCGUGCUCACCAAGCCAACUCGCACAAAGAUAAGGGCUGGGAGAAGUUUACCGACUCCGUGGUGCAGUGGCUCAGCAGUAACCUGGACGGCCUCGUCUUCAUGCUGUGGGGCUCCUACGCUCAGAAGAAGGGUGCAGCCAUCGACCGGAAACGACAUCACAUCCUGGAAACGGUGCAUCCGUCCCCUUUAUCGGCUCAUCGCGGAUUUUUCGGGUGUCGGCACUUCUCAAAGACCAACGAGCUGCUACGGAAAACCGGGAAGAAGCCGAUAGACUGGAAAGCGCUUUGAGAACCGCGGCGGACUGUCCGUAUUUACAUUUGUGCCGGUGCAGUUUAAUAACCACGAUAACCUGCUUUUCAAUAGUUUUGCAAAAGUAUAGGCUUGCAUAAAUAUGAGCUUUUUGAUAAAAAUUACAUUUUUUUCUGUAUAUUAUUGGAAAUGUGUCAGUUUUUUUUUUAAUCAGUAGAAGCUGCUUUUUCUUACAAUAAAAUGCUACUGUUGCGUGAUUUA